AUGUCGAAAAUCAACAACCUUGAGUUUGCUGCCCUCAAUCUCUCCGGAGAUAAUUACCUCCAAUGGGCACUUGAUACCAAAAUUCUCUUGAGGUCUAAAAAUCUUGGUGAUACUAUCACUGAAGGCACCGAGCCAUCGGUUAAGAAUAAAUACAUGGCCAUUGUUAUCAUUCGCCAUCAUUUGGCUGAAGGUCUUAAGGAUCAGUACCUCACUAUUGAGGAUCCUCUGGAACUUUGGACAGAGUUGAAAAACAGAUAUGAUCAUCAGAAAACUGUGAUCCUGCCAAAGGCCCUUUAUGAUUGGAGGAACCUUAGAAUCCAAGACUAUAAGUCUGUGGAAGAGUAUAACUCGGCUAUGUUCAAGAUAGUCUCCAAGUUGAAAUUGUGUGGGGAGACUAUCACUGAUGCUGAUAUGCUGGAGAAAACAUUCUCCACAUUCCACACCAGCAAUAUGUUGCUUCAGCAACAGUACCGAGAAAAGGGUUUCUCCACUUAUGCUGCCUUAAUCUCUUGUUUGUUGCUUGCUGAACAGAACAAUGAGUUGCUCAUGAUGAACAGUGAGCUAAGGCCACCUGGUGCUAAAGCAUUGCCUGAGGCACAUGCGGCCAUAGAGCCAAAAGAUGAGACUCCAAGAGAGUCAUACCGCGGUCGUGUGAGAGGCCGUGGAAGAUGGCAAGGAAGUAACCGUGGGUUUCAGCCACGAGGACGUGGAUUCCAACCACGAGACCAUCUUGGUCCUAGCCGAGGCCGAGGCUAUAGCCGAGGUCAUCAAGCUAGCCGUGGGUAUAAGUCCAACUUCAAAACCCAUGGCUCGACCAAAGCUCCUUGCUAUCGUUGUGGGAUGACCAAUCAUUGGGCUAACCGAUGCAACACUCCCCACCAUCUUGUUAAGCUCUACCAGGAGAGCAUGAAGGGAAAGAACCCUGUGGCAAAUUGGGUCCAUCAUGAUGAUGAGAAUGAUUUAGACCAUGAGAAUGAUCAAGCCAACCAUGAGAAUGAUCAAGCCGAGUAUGAGACUUCGGAUCUCCUUAAAAGUGGCUGA